GCGGGCAGUGCCCAGACAAGGUGGAGCCCGGCGGGCCCGCGAGUCCGAGACGUGUCCCAGGAGCUGCAGCGCACGUGACCUGCCACUGCCUCCCGCCACCUCCUGCCCGCGCCAUGACCCAGCCGGUGCCCCGGCUCUCCGUGCCCGCCGCGCUGGCCCUGGGCUCAGCCGCGCUGGGCGCCGCCUUCGCCACUGGCCUCUUCCUGGGAAGGCGGUGCCCCCCAUGGCGAGGCCGGCGAGAGCAGUGCCUGCUUCCCCCCGAGGACAGUACGCUGUGGCAGUAUCUUCUGAGCCGCUCCAUGCGGGAGCACCCGGCGCUGCGAAGCCUGAGGCUGCUGACCCUGGAGCAGCCGCAGGGGGAUUCCAUGAUGACCUGCGAGCAGGCCCAGCUCUUGGCCAACCUGGCGCGGCUCAUCCAGGCCAAGAAGGCGCUGGACCUGGGCACCUUCACGGGCUACUCUGCCCUGGCCCUGGCCCUGGCGCUGCCCGCGGACGGGCGCGUGGUGACCUGCGAGGUGGAAGCGCAGCCCCCGGAGCUGGGGCGGCCCCUGUGGAGGCAGGCCGAGGCGGAGCACAAGAUCGACCUCCGGCUGAAGCCCGCCCUGGAGACCCUGGACGAACUGCUGGCGGCAGGCGAGGCCGGCACCUUCGACGUGGCCGUGGUGGAUGCGGACAAGGAGAACUGCGCUGCCUACUACGAGCGCUGCCUGCAGCUGCUGCGACCUGGAGGCAUCCUCGCCGUCCUCAGAUUAUCCCCAGAAGCCUGCCUGUCACUUCCUCAGCCUGUCAGCUGACCUACUAGUGCUGGCCACCAGAGGGCGCUUGGAAGUAUCUGAGACACCAGAAGGACUGGGUUACCAUUCUAGGUAAGGCACCAAGUCACAGAGAAAUGUUUUAAUAACAAGUUCAAAGUGUUCUAGAAUAUACAAUAAUGUUGAGUACACUAUCCAGAUGAAAAGAGACUAGAGACAUAAUCAUAAUUAGAUCCUAGAAAGGGAAACCUACAAUAAAGACACAUUUGGGGAUGGGGGUAAAUCUGUAUAUAUAUUUGGUAUUACAUUAAUGUUAGUUUUCUUAGAUGCGACAAUGGUAUUGUGCUUAUAAAGAAAAAUGUCUGUAUGUCUGCAAAACAUACAGUUUUUUAAAAAAAAGUAUGUGAAGUUUCAGAGACAUAAAAUAAAUGUAAAUUUUAAUAACUGGUCAACAUAGGGUAAGGGUAUAUGAUGUUCACUGUACCAUUCUUCCAACUUUUCUUUAGGUUUCAAAAUCGCCAAAAUAAACUUUGGGGAGGAAAAUCCCUAUUUGGAGGGGGGAAAGUCCCCAGUACUUUAACCAGACUCCAAGAUGAGUCAUGUGCACUGUGAAGUUGGAGAAAUGCUGCUCUAGACACAGCGUGUUUCAAAAUAUUAUAUAAAGUCAACAAGACUAUAGAUAGAACCAAAGCAAUGAGUGAACUUUUAUCAACAAAAUAAAAAUUACUUUUAUUUUAGAGAGAGAGAGAGAGAGAAAGAAA